CAGAGGCGGCCGGAGUGGGGCUCGCUGCUGAGGGAGCGGAGCGAGAGCGGCGGAGGUGGGGGGGGGGAGAGAGCACUGGGGCGGCACCGCCACCGGAGAAGGAGGAAGCGGAAAGCGGAGGCAGCACCGGCAGCGACAGCAGAGGCGGCGGUGGGGGGGGUCCCAGCGGCUCGGAGCCCCGGCGGCCCCCCGCUCCCCUCGGUACUGGGUUUUUCUGCCUCCCACUCCGGUCCACGGCGGUAGCGGCGGCGCUGACAGCCCGCCCGGAGCACCGGGGGCGGCCGCGGCCACCAUGUCCUCCCCCAGCCCGGGCAAGAGACGGAUGGACACCGACGUGGUCAAGCUUAUUGAGAGCAAACAUGAGGUCACAAUCUUAGGAGGACUCAAUGAAUUCGUCGUGAAGUUUUACGGACCACAAGGAACACCGUAUGAAGGUGGAGUAUGGAAAGUUAGAGUCGACCUUCCUGAUAAAUACCCGUUCAAAUCCCCAUCUAUAGGAUUCAUGAAUAAAAUUUUCCAUCCCAACAUCGACGAAGCGUCAGGAACUGUAUGUCUAGAUGUAAUCAAUCAAACCUGGACAGCUCUCUACGAUCUCACCAACAUAUUUGAAUCGUUCCUGCCCCAGCUGCUGGCCUAUCCCAACCCUAUAGAUCCCCUAAAUGGUGAUGCUGCAGCCAUGUACCUCCACCGACCAGAAGAGUACAAACAGAAAAUUAAAGAGUACAUUCAGAAAUAUGCAACAGAAGAAGCACUAAAAGAACAGGAAGAAGGCACCGGGGACAGCUCCUCCGAGAGCUCCAUGUCCGACUUCUCGGAAGACGAAGCUCAAGACAUGGAGUUGUAGUAAAAGAGGGCAACCUGCUUUUUCAGAGAGACUCUUUAAUUUCCUAACCACGAGAAGCAGACUAUAAUAUUCAUAUUUAAACAAAAGCAAUUUUUUUUAUUACUAAACAAGGUUUUUAUGAAUAAUAGCAUUGAUAUAUCUCUUCUCAUUACCCUUUAGAUUUUGAUUUAUUAUUAUU